ACUCCCCACACUCAAAAGUCCCUCAACGAAAUCAGCUCUAACUACCAACAAAACGCUUAAGCAAAAAAUGGAAACUCAGCGCUCUAACAGUCUUCUUGCCUUCCUCUUCUUCUUCUUCAGUCUCCGACUAAUCUUAGCCGUCGGUGAAUACAACUACGCCAACGGAACUAACGGCUCAGAUUUCAUCCGUAAAAGUUGCAGCACUACGCUCUAUCCCGACCUCUGCUUCUCCUCUCUCUCCCGCUACGCAUCCACAGUCGGAAAGGACCCGGCUCACCUCGCACGCGCCGCCGUCUCCCUCAGCCUUUCCAAGACCAAGCACAUGGCCGCCUACGUUUCCAACGUCUCCCGCCUAGCUGACUACGGCGCCACAGCCGACCCCCGCGCCACCGCCGCUCUUCACGACUGCUUCUCCAACUUCGGCGACGCCGUCGACGAGAUCCGCGGCUCGCUCAAGCAGAUGCGCCACAUCAACGCCGGAGGCGGCGGCGGCGAGUUGUUCAGGUUCCAGAUGAGCAACGUUCAGACGUGGAUGAGUGCCGCGCUUACGGACCAAGAGACUUGUACGGACGGAUUCGAAGACGUCAGCGACUCCCCGGUGAAGUCCCAGGUCAUCGACCGGGUAACGGAGGUGAAGAAGCAUACCAGCAAUGCCCUCGCUCUCGUCAACCGCUACGCCGAGAAUUCAGUCCCCUGAUAGUUUACUGCUGCCGUACGACGUCGUCGUCGAACUUUGAUAGUAUCGAUCGAACUUAACUGGACAGGUAUAAUAUGUAGAGGUUUAGAGAAAACUGUCGUUUUGUAAGAUAAACUUGUCGUUUUUAUGAAUAUGUAUGUAAGAGAAAAUAGCGAAAGAUAUCUAUCGAGUUUUUGUGGUUGUGUUAUUAUACAAGACAGACAGAGUAAUUUGUCUAUGUUGGAUUAAAAAAACAAAAAUUAUGAGUGAGAGGUUUCUUUUUGUAAAUUAUUAAAAGCUUUGAAUGGCCUUUACUUUUGAA